GUCUGCCACGGGUUUAUCCCGGGUGUGUGUGAAAGAGAGAGAGAUCUGGAGAGUGAUUGAUUGUCCGACAUCUCUCGCUGCCCGGCUGGGAGGGAGCAGGUCCCUUGUUGUGCGGGCAGAGAAAGCUGAGCCCGGAGCGAGCCGGCUGUGCUGGGGGAGCUCUGGGCCGGGCGGGACGGAGCAGGGCUCCGCAGGCUGCUGCUGCCUCCCUCGGCGGCGGCGGCACGGGCUCUGGACACGCGGCCGGGCUGUCUUGCAGAUCCCUGCCUCCCGCCCAAGAUGUGUGACGACGAGGAGACCACCGCGCUCGUGUGCGACAACGGCUCCGGGCUGGUGAAGGCCGGCUUCGCCGGAGACGAUGCGCCCCGAGCCGUCUUCCCGUCCAUCGUCGGCCGCCCCAGGCACCAGGGUGUUAUGGUUGGCAUGGGUCAGAAAGAUUCCUAUGUAGGUGAUGAGGCUCAGAGCAAGAGAGGUAUCCUGACGCUGAAAUAUCCUAUUGAACAUGGCAUCAUCACCAACUGGGAUGAUAUGGAAAAGAUCUGGCACCACACUUUCUACAAUGAACUGCGUGUGGCCCCUGAGGAACACCCUACCUUGCUCACGGAGGCCCCCCUGAACCCUAAAGCUAACCGUGAAAAGAUGACCCAGAUAAUGUUUGAAACUUUCAAUGUGCCAGCCAUGUAUGUGGCAAUCCAGGCUGUCUUGUCCCUGUAUGCCUCUGGUCGUACCACAGGCAUUGUUCUUGACUCUGGCGAUGGUGUCACCCACAACGUACCUAUCUAUGAAGGUUAUGCUCUGCCUCAUGCCAUCAUGCGUCUGGAUCUGGCAGGCAGGGAUCUGACUGACUACCUCAUGAAGAUCCUCACUGAGCGUGGCUACUCCUUUGUGACAACAGCUGAACGUGAGAUUGUCCGUGACAUUAAGGAGAAGUUGUGCUAUGUUGCUCUGGACUUUGAGAAUGAAAUGGCCACUGCUGCCUCCUCUUCAUCUCUGGAGAAGAGCUAUGAAUUGCCUGAUGGUCAGGUGAUCACAAUUGGUAACGAACGUUUCCGCUGCCCAGAGACUCUCUUCCAGCCAUCCUUCAUUGGUAUGGAAUCUGCUGGUAUUCAUGAAACUACCUACAAUAGCAUCAUGAAGUGUGAUAUUGACAUCCGUAAGGAUCUGUAUGCCAACAAUGUCCUUUCAGGUGGUACAACCAUGUACCCUGGUAUCGCUGACCGCAUGCAGAAAGAAAUCACUGCAUUGGCUCCUAGCACUAUGAAGAUCAAGAUCAUUGCCCCACCUGAGCGCAAAUACUCUGUCUGGAUUGGUGGCUCCAUCCUGGCAUCUCUGUCCACCUUCCAGCAGAUGUGGAUCAGCAAACAGGAGUAUGAUGAGGCUGGCCCAUCCAUUGUCCAUCGCAAGUGCUUCUAAGUGCCUUUUCCUCAAUUUACCUCCCACUCAGGAUGAUGACAUUAUGCUUCUUGGAGUCUUCCAGCAAUCCUUCCUGAACUCUCUUCAGUCAUUGUACAGUUUGUUUACACACCCGUGCAAUUUAUUUGUGCUUCUUCUAAUAUUUAUUGCUUUAUAAAUAAACAAGAUCUGGGACUUGCAA